CCGGCCCCGGCCCCGCUCCGGCCCCGCUCCCGGCACCCGCGGCCGGCCCAGCCCCUCCGGAGCACGGAGCAGGUUGUCGUGUAUCCGUGGGGGCUCAGGGUCGGAGCCCAGAGCAGCCAGCACCAUAGCGUCCAACAGCUGGAACGCCAGCGGCAGCCCUGGGGAGGGGCGGGAAGAUGGCCAGGACGGCAUGGACAAGAGUCUGGACAAUGAUGCCGAGGGUGUGUGGAGUCCAGACAUCGAGCAGAGCUUCCAGGAGGCGCUGGCGAUCUACCCACCGUGCGGCCGGAGGAAAAUCAUCCUCUCAGACGAGGGCAAGAUGUACGGUCGUAACGAGCUGAUCGCCCGCUACAUCAAGCUGCGAACGGGGAAGACACGGACGAGGAAGCAGGUGUCCAGCCACAUACAGGUUCUAGCUCGGAAGAAGGUGCGGGAGUACCAGGUUGGCAUCAAGGUCUCUAGCCACUUGCAGGUUCUUGCCCGACGGAAAUCUCGUGAGAUUCAGUCCAAGCUGAAGGCCAUGAACUUGGACCAGGUCUCGAAGGAUAAGGCUCUGCAGAGCAUGGCUUCCAUGUCCUCGGCGCAGAUUGUGUCGGCCAGCGUCCUGCAGAACAAGCUCAGCCCUCCCCCUCCUCUUCCUCAGGCCGUCUUCUCUGCUGCCCCCAGGUUUUGGAGUGGGCCUAUCCCAGGACAGCCUGGACCCUCUCAGGACAUUAAACCGUUUGCACAACCAGCUUACCCCAUCCAGCCACCCAUGCCUCCAUCACUAGCCAGUUACGAGCCCUUGGCUCCGCUCCCGCCAGCUGCCUCGGCCGUGCCGGUCUGGCAGGACCGCACCAUCGCCUCCACCAAGCUCCGGCUCCUCGAGUACUCCGCCUUCAUGGAGGUGCCCCGGGAUGCCGAAACGUACAGCAAACACCUCUUCGUGCACAUCGGCCAGACGAACCCCUCGUACAGCGACCCGCUGCUGGAGGCCGUGGACAUCCGCCAGAUCUACGACAAGUUUCCUGAGAAGAAAGGUGGCCUCAAGGAGCUCUAUGAGCGUGGGCCCCAGAACUCCUUCUUUCUCGUCAAGUUUUGGGCGGAUCUGAACAGCACGAUCCAGGACGGGCCAGGGACCUUCUACGGCGUCAGCAGCCAGUACAGCAGUGCAGAGAACAUGACCAUCACCGUCUCCACCAAGGUGUGCUCCUUUGGGAAGCAGGUCGUGGAGAAGGUGGAGACGGAGUAUGCACGGCUGGAGAACGGCCGGUUCGUCUACCGCAUCCACCGGUCUCCCAUGUGCGAGUACAUGAUCAACUUCAUCCACAAACUCAAGCACCUCCCGGAGAAGUACAUGAUGAACAGUGUCCUGGAGAAUUUCACCAUCCUGCAGGUUGUUACGAACAGGGAUACCCAGGAAACCUUGCUCUGCAUUGCCUUUGUUUUCGAGGUCUCCACCAGCGAGCACGGCGCCCAGCACCACGUGUACAAGUUGGUCAAGGACUAGGGGCCCUUGGGGACAGGCAGGGCACGAGGAGCGUGCAGGGGAGGGAGGAGGCCGUGCAGAAAAGCCACCCGUGCCUGUUGCCUUGUGAGAAGUCAUUUGAAGACAGGAGGAGAAGGAGGAGGAAGAAAAACGAUAGCCAAAAAAAGACUGACAUGUGAUCGCAAAUGUUUUCUACUUAGGAACAGUUUCUUUCUUUAUUUUUUUUUUUUCUUUUUUCUUUUUUUUUUUUUUUUAAUAAAUAAAUAAAAUUACCAAAAAAAAAGAAAGAAAAAAAAGAAAAAAAAGAAAAAAAAAAGGAAAAAAAAAAAAAAAAAAAGAAGAAUGGGAAAGGAAGCGUAGGGAGAAAGAAAACCCACAUCUGGCGCUGGAGAGGGAGAGACCAGCCCUCGGUGUUGCUGAUGAAGGCCAGGAUGCCACCAGCAGCAGCAGCGGGAUGCCAGAGCAGGGAGCGACCCCUCCUCUCACCCCAGCCUCGCUCAGAAGCGCCCCGGUCCUGAGAGGAGAAGAGAGGAGAGGAGAGGAGCGAGCACUGACGCUCAGGAGGAUGUAGCACCGUGCCAGGUCUGAAACUGAUUGGCAUGGCAGCCACAGCGGCACUGGCACCGCGUGGCACAGCCCAGGGGACGUGGGGACGGACGGGCAGCGCAGGGUGGAGGACGGGGACACUGCCACCUCCCCUGGGAUGCUCCUUCUCCCUGCCCAGCUGGGGCACUGGGAACCAGUGGCAGUGAAGGCAUGAGGGCAUUGACAAUGCAAACCGUGGGGUUUUAUGGCUCCUUUUUUUCUCCUUUUUUUUUUUUAAUGAAAGUGCUUUUUUAAUACUUUUUUUAAAAGACACCGUGCUCGUAAUCAGGCUGAUCGCCCUCCGCAGUGACCAGGUGCUCCCCUCCCACCCUGCACGGGAAGCGCCCUGUUUAGGGAAAAGUUUGGGAUGUCUCCAUCCCUGGCUGGGUUUUGUGGGGAUUCCCUGAGCUCUGCGUGCGCUUUCAGGAAUUGCACUCGGGGGUGGCCCAGGCUCAGUGUCCCCACUGAGGAGUCAUGAGUGGAGAGCAGUGAGGGCAGAUUCCCCUGAUUCAUUUUGUAUAUGUACAUUUCCCUUGUUUCUUUUUUUUUUGUUUUUUUUUUUUUUUUCGUUCCUUCACCUUUUUUUCCCUUUUUUUUUCUGCGAUGACUGUUCCAAACUGCUCCGUCCUCUCUCCUGCAUCCUGUGGGAAGUGGCCGGGGAGGUGACUUGUGCAGGGAAAAAACAUAUUGAGCAAUGCAGAGCCAAGCUGUCAGUGGGCAGAGUUUGGGACGGAGAGGACAGAGAGGGGACAGAGAACAGGAGGGGUGCCAGGAUAAGGGACUGGGUCAGCUCGGAGGUAUUUUUGUGGCUGCAGCCCAAAGUAAGCCGAGGCAGAGUGCCCGGUCCUGAGGCUGUGACUGCAAGGGCAGAGUCUGGGGAAAGCAACCCCAGGGUUCAGGAGGGUCACAGAGGGACAGAGGUGGCGGGGAGCAGCGUGGCAGGAGGCUGGCAGGGGGACUGAGAGCCCGAGGUGGCCAGGUCUGGAUGUGUUUCUCAGGUAGGCAGGGGAGUGAAGGCAGUGGGAAGGAGGGCAGGAGUGUUUUGAGGGGCACUGCAGCCCCUUGGGGAGGGGGACAGGGCAGGUUUAGGCUCAGUGUUGCCAGUGCAAGGAGCAGGAACAGCCCCAGAGCUCAGGAAAGCGCCUUGGCUGCCACUUUGAUGCCGUGUGCCGUGUGAGGCAGGGGGACUUCGACCUCCUGCCGCUGGGAAGAGCCACCCAUCCCUGUGGGAAGGGGCAGAGCCACCCCAGCCCCGUGCCAGGCCCAGGGCUCAGUGGUGGGACUGGACUGAGGUGGCUGCUGUGAGCAGGGCAGACGGAGCAGGGGGGAAAGGGAGAGGGAAGAAUCCAAGGCCAGGCACUGGCAUACCAUGCCAGGGCUGUGCUGGGACUCUCUGGCCAAGUUCUCAUAUGUAGCAUGUUUGUUUGUUGUUUUGUAGACUUUUUUUUUUUUUUUUUCCCCCUUCUUCUGUUUCACUCACUGAUCUAAAACUCUGGGAAUGAAAACUCAAAACUCCCUCACCAUUAACCACAGGCGUGCCCCGCUCCCAGCCCCGAUGGGGGACGAAGCUCUUUGUUAACUGGACCGGUUUGUGCCUCCAUCCCUCCCUCCCCUCUGCCUGCACCCAGCCCAGGGCUCACACUGCACCCCACGCACACAGACUGGUGCCCCCAGCAGCCCUGGCUGGGGUUUAGUCGUCAUCCCAGAGACACUUUCUCAACUCCCCCAGCCCCUCCGUUCUCCUCCAGUGUAUUUAUGAAUUUCACAUGAAGUACUGUUUUAUUUUUUUAAAGACUUUGUAAAGCUUACCAGGGUUACAAUCACCAUUUUUAGAGCUGCGUCAGUCCACAAUGUUAAAAAUCCAUUUUUUUUUAUGUAUUAUAUUUUUUGUGUAAUUUUUUUUUUUAAUCCAGCUGUGAUGGGUUGUAUCAUAUAUUUGUUGUGUUUACUGUAUCUGUCCAACUUUAAAGAGAGGAGACUGUGGAGCUCCGAGAAAACUACGGUCUGCUGAAAAAAAAAAGAAAAAAAAUUAAAAUUAUUUGUUCA